CAGAUGUGAGCCCCGCGGGCCGCCCGCUGGCCGGUCGCUGAAGUCGCGGAGCGGGGCCCCCAGGCAGGGCCUGCCCCACCCCCGGCCCGGCAUGCGGCUGUCCGUGCGCAGGACGCUGCUGGUCGCCGGCUGUGCGCUGGCCCUGGUGCUGGCCGUGCAGCUGGGGCAGCAGGUGCUGGAGUGCCGGGCGGUGCUGGCGGGCCCCCGGCGGGCCAUGCGGCCGGAGCAGGAGGAGCUGGUGAUGGUGGGCGCGGACCGCGUGGAGUACCGCUACGGCAAGGCCAUGCCGCUCAUCUUCGUGGGCGGCGUGCCCCGCAGCGGCACCACGCUGAUGCGCGCCAUGCUGGACGCCCACCCCGAGGUGCGCUGCGGCGAGGAGACGCGCAUCAUCCCGCGCGUGCUGGCCAUGCGCCAGGCCUGGGCCAAGUCCGGCCGCGAGAAGCAGCGGCUGGACGAGGCGGGCGUGACGGACGAGGUGCUGGACGCGGCCAUGCAGGCCUUCAUCCUGGAGGUGAUCGCCAAGCACGGCGAACCGGCGCGCGUGCUCUGCAACAAGGACCCCUUCGCGCUCAAGUCCUCGGUCUACCUGUCGCGCCUGUUCCCCAACUCCAAGUUCCUGCUGAUGGUGCGGGACGGCCGGGCCUCGGUGCACUCCAUGAUCACGCGCAAGGUCACCAUCGCCGGCUUCGACCUCAGCAGCUACCGCGACUGCCUCGUCAAGUGGAACAAGGCCAUCGAGGUGAUGUACGCCCAGUGCAUGGAGGUGGGCAAGGACAAGUGCCUGCCCGUGUACUACGAGCAGCUGGUGCUGCACCCCCACCGCUCCCUCAAGCUCAUCCUGGACUUCCUGGGCAUCGCCUGGAGCGAUGCGGUUCUGCACCACGAGGACCUCAUUGGCAAACCGGGUGGCGUCUCCCUGUCCAAGAUCGAGCGGUCCACGGACCAGGUCAUCAAGCCUGUGAACCUGGAAGCGCUCACCAAAUGGAUCGGCCACAUCCCUGCGGACGUGGUGCGUGACAUGGCCCAGAUCGCCCCCAUGCUGGCUCGGCUCGGCUAUGACCCCUAUGCAAACCCACCCAACUAUGGCAACCCCGACCCCAUCGUCAUCAACAACACACACCGGGUCUUGAAAGGGGACUACAAAACACCAGCCAAUCUGAAAGGAUAUUUUCAGGUGAACCGGAACGGAACCUCCUCCCCCUUUGGAAGCUUGUGAUUUCCUGAUCUCUGCAAAUGGCUUCGUUGCCAGGAAGAGAAGAAACCACAUUCGAAUGGAAAUCGGACCUCUAAUCCAAGCAUAUUGCUUGCAGUUAAUUGCCAAAACAGGACUGCUAAUGAGGAAUGUAUUUGCAUAUGUUUGCAAAAGGUGAAUCAUCGAAAACAUACCUUGAAACUCUCUAUUGGUGGACACUCUAGGGUAGAGAGCAAAGAGUAUGGAAGUAGUCCAGCUUUUGAAACUUAGAUAUUUUAUAUUUUUCCCCUCGAGAACUUUUUUUUAAGAAAUGGGAUCUGCCAUCCUCCUUAAUUUGCAGGACUGCCUCGGUGGCUUUGUUUGCUGGGACAAGGCCCACAACCUGUGCCUCUCCUAUUGACCCUUACUUUGCAUUCAAAGGAUCUAUUUAAGAAUUUAAUAUAUGAGGCUUUCUUUGAUUCCUCCUCAGUUCUACUCAGUUUCACAGAGGAAAAACAUUUAUGACUUUGAAUAAAGUGAACAGGGGCUCAUUUGUCUCUGCCUUACUUUACUG